AUGCAACCCUUCCUCCGUCAAUCCCUUCGCACAUUCACCACCACAUCACGCACAAUGGGUGUUACCAAGACCACCAUCACUCCCGGCGACGGCCCCUCCCCUCAGAAGGGCGACCAAGUCACCAUGGCCUACACCGGCUGGUUGCGCACCUCCGGUCAGCCCGAGGAAAAGGGCAAGGUCUUCGACUCCACCGACAAGCCCGGACGAGGCCUUUUCCAGACCCCCAUCGGCGUUGGCCGCGUUAUCAAGGGCUGGGACGAGGGUGUUACCCAAAUGAAGCUUGGCGAGAAGGCCCGUCUUGACAUCUCGAGCGACUUCGCCUACGGUAGCCAGGAAUUCCCCGGCCUCAUCCCUCCCAACUCUGAUCUCAUCUUGUUUGUUCCCAAUCCUCACUCGUGCACAUCCACACCUACUGACGAUCCACUAGCGAGGUCGAGCUCAAGAAGAUCAACUAAGUAUGGACAUAAAGCUGAGGGUAUUCAGGUGCGGAAGGAAACAGUACAGUUAUCAAGGUGCACCUUGAACAUACUGCUCCCCCACGGGUGA